UUAAUGGUUGUCCGAAGAGCUGGAAAAGAAGAGGACGGGUAUAUAAGAUAGCGGCGUGUGCUGGUCAUUGUCUAGCAGGAGCCUGCGGCGUUUGAGUUUGACUUCAGCACUAGUCUGAGCAGGAACAUUCACAGAACCUAUCAAGAUGUGUGACGAUGAGGAGACUACUGCUUUGGUGUGCGACAACGGCUCCGGCCUGGUCAAGGCUGGCUUCGCUGGUGACGACGCCCCCAGGGCUGUCUUCCCUUCCAUCGUUGGCCGCCCUCGUCACCAGGGUGUCAUGGUCGGUAUGGGUCAGAAAGACUCCUAUGUUGGAGACGAGGCUCAGAGCAAGAGAGGUAUCCUGACCUUGAAGUACCCAAUCGAGCAUGGCAUCAUCACCAACUGGGACGACAUGGAGAAGAUCUGGCACCACACCUUCUACAACGAGCUCCGUGUGGCCCCUGAGGAGCACCCCACCUUACUCACUGAGGCCCCGUUGAACCCCAAGGCCAACCGUGAGAAGAUGACCCAGAUCAUGUUUGAGACCUUCAAUGUUCCUGCCAUGUACGUGGCCAUCCAGGCCGUCCUGUCGCUGUAUGCUUCUGGCCGUACCACUGGUAUUGUACUGGACUCCGGUGAUGGUGUGACCCACAAUGUACCCAUCUAUGAGGGUUACGCUCUGCCCCACGCCAUCAUGCGUCUGGACUUGGCCGGUCGCGAUCUGACAGACUACUUGAUGAAGAUCCUGACUGAGCGUGGAUACUCUUUCGUCACAACUGCGGAGCGUGAGAUUGUGCGUGACAUCAAGGAGAAGCUGUGCUACGUUGCCCUGGACUUCGAAAAUGAGAUGGCCACUGCCGCCUCCUCUUCCUCCCUCGAAAAGAGUUACGAGCUUCCUGACGGUCAGGUCAUCACCAUCGGUAAUGAACGUUUCCGUUGCCCCGAGACCCUGUUCCAGCCUUCCUUUAUCGGUAUGGAGUCUGCUGGCAUUCACGAGACUGCUUACAACAGCAUCAUGAAGUGUGACAUUGACAUCAGGAAGGACCUGUAUGCCAACAACGUCCUGUCUGGUGGUACCACAAUGUACCCUGGUAUUGCUGACCGCAUGCAGAAGGAGAUCACAGCCCUGGCUCCUAGCACAAUGAAGAUUAAGAUCAUUGCUCCCCCUGAGCGCAAGUACUCCGUAUGGAUCGGCGGUUCCAUCCUGGCCUCCCUGUCCACCUUCCAGCAGAUGUGGAUCACCAAGCAGGAAUACGAUGAGGCUGGUCCCAGCAUCGUCCACCGAAAGUGUUUCUAAACGCCCGGCCCUCCAUCUCAUUACUGCGUCCUGCUCGGGAACCGAGCGAUUGCUCCUUGUCGGACAUUGUAUUCUACAGUCGUUAUUUUUCGAAUGACACUUUUGCAGUUGCUUGAUGUCGUAGGAGCAGCUGUGAAGAUAAACUGAGAAAAGUACCAAGCAUGCUCUCUUGCACAGAAAUGUAUUUAUUACUGAUUUACAUGGUUUUGUAUUUUGGUGAAUGCUGUUUGAAAUGGAAUGACCCUGCUCCCUUAGAUUCCAGUGAUGCUGACACUGCCAUUUGUUUACCCUCCCCAGUUGAUGACCAACACAUCACACACCAACAGAUUAAUAAAACUUAAACUUUAUUUUUAAA